CCAAGUUGUCAACAUUCAAUAAUCAUUGAUCAAUCAUUGAUAGUUUUACAUUCUUUCGAGAUUUAUUGUUUUAUUUUAGAAAGAAUUGUUAAGAAUUUACUGUCAAAAAGUUUUUCAAUUUUACCUAAUCUUCUUAAAAAAUAAAAUGGAAGAAAGAGACUUAAGGAAACUACUACAAACAAAAAACGGUUGCCGGAUCCCACCAAUGCUGCCUAUUCCUGAUAUUCACCAAAUAGACAAACUACCAUUUAUACCCCUACCGCCAUAUAACAGAAUUAAGGAUAAAAAAGAAAAAUUUCGAAAACUUUUAGAAGAAAAGGCCACAGAUAGAAAAAUUAAAAUUGCACGAGCGCCUUUAGAGCGCCGUGAAUACGAUACAUUGGAGAUAUCGCAAGAAAGGCAUAUAGCCGUGCUACGUGAAUCUGCUCAAAAGAUACAACCACCUCCGAUGCUUAAGUCCUGGGAAAGAAAAAUAGUGAGUCUAAUUCCAGCGAAACUGAGGAACGCUUAUCCUUCAGUAACUGAGGAGCUCUUGAAAGAAAGUAAAGCUGAAUGGAAUCGUAAUCUUCACAAUUUAGCUGUAAAAACUAUAAUUCGAGAUAUACCAGGAGUACCCAGGAAAAGAUAUGUAGAGCCAUAUUUUAAAUUUAAAGGAGUGACUUCAAAUUACGAAAAAAUGAUUAAAUUUCGAAAAAAACUUAAGACUGGUUCAUUACUGUUACAUCCAUUUAUAAGACUUGUACUUGAAUCGUCAGAAAAAAGUUUUCCUAAAUUUAUAAUAGACCUGUCAAAAUACAGAGCAAAAGGCCCGAUGGAUUUAUCCGAUUUUCAAACAAAAAUAAUGGAAGAAAUUAAACGGGCUGAUUACUUGGUUUCGAGUACUUGGUAUUCUAUCCUCGUUAAAUGGUUAAAAAAUCCCAGAUGUUUAAAAGGUAUGCGUCCUAAAAGAAUACCUGAAUUUGUGAAAUGUGCCACAAAAAUGAUAUCGAUGCAGAUACAGGAAUUGAUGAGAAGGUCUAUAGACACAAUAAUAAACACACUAAAAGAUCUGGAAUCUGUCCCUAUAUUGAAUAUAUCUCUCAAUUUUGACGGUGAAUUUAUUUUUGAUCCAUCACUUGAAGAAGUAUAUAAUGUUUAUCAUACCAUAGCUGACGCAAUUGCUAACAUUGCACAGAGACUUAUGCCAAUUGAACAAUAUCUUAAUAUACAUUAUACUCACGACGCCUUGCCUGUAAAAUAUAAUGAGUGGCUAUUUACUGAUGGUCAUGAGAGAAUGCAACAACAAUUAAACAUCGUGUUUGCUCCUCUCGUUGCAUAUUUAGAACAGUUAAGGCAAGAUUAUAAUAUGUUGUACGGAGAUUUAGCUAAAUACAAUCUAAACAAAUUUAUUAAAGAGGCUAAAGAGUUUGAAGAAUCGCGAGACAAAAUUUUAUACUUUCAAGCAAUAGAUUCUGAUAUAACAGCUGUUAUAGAAAAUGAAUAUUUCAAUUGUGCUUUAGUUUCCCAAACAAGGAUGAUAAAUGGUUUGAAAACCAAAGCUUUAGAAUUUAUUAAUGAUAUUAUAGCGGGAAUAGUCAGAACACAUAUUGAUGAAAAUGAAAACAUAUGUAAAGAAUUUGAAAUAAUUGCUGCAAAAGCUUUGAAAGAACCACAAAAUGCUGCUGAAUUAGUCGAGCAAGGCGUGUAUAUUUUAUAUGCCAAAACUGUUUUGGUAGAAGCAUUAAAAGAAAGAAUUAUGAGACAAAUUAACAUUAUAUCAAAUUUAUUAGAAAUAACGUCUCUUACUCCUGAACACAUCGCAUCUAAUACAACAACAGUAAAUUGGCUUAAGGAAAUAAAGCCGAUAUUCGAUAAAAAUGCAGCUGCAUAUGAAACAUUUAAAGCAGAGAUGGAAGAAAACUUACUGGCAAAGAUCGCAUAUUUAAACAGAGAAGUUAUAGAAAUGACACCAUACCUUGAACUUUUAGAUAAUAUGGACGAUAUCAAUCAUACUCUCGAAUAUUUGGAGUACUUACGAAAGCUGGUGCAUCGUCUUGAUGAUUGUGAUAAAUUAGUGACAUGGAUUAACAAUGAAGAAACUACUUUUAAAUUUCCUGUAUCUAGUUACCCUGACUUGGAGGAGCUAAAGGAUUACAUUAAACCUUUCCAUUGUCUUAUUUAUUUAGUUCAUAAAUGGAAACGAAGCUAUUAUACUUGGAUGGACGGUCCAUUUGAGUAUUUAGACCAUGAAAAAAUUGAACAGGAUCAUGACUUUUACUACAAGGAAUUUUUAAGACUAUCUAAAGCGUAUAGAUCUAAAAUCAAACAACAAAUAGCAGAAGGUGUCGAAAAACGUUUUCAAGGAUUAGUUGAUGAUCCUGACCUGAAUAAUCUUCCUGCACCUAUGAAAUUAUGUGCGCAAGCUGUUGCUGAGAUUAAGGAAUGGCGACCUAAUGUUCAAAUGGCUCAUAUUAUGUGUAAUCCUGCGCUAGUCCAGAGACAUUGGGAUGAAAUGUCAACUAUUGCCGGAUUCGAUUUAACGCCUACUGCUGGAACUACGCUACGAAAAAUUAUUAAUUUUGAUUUGUGGGGUGAAAUAGAUCAGUAUGAAAUAAUAAGCGUGGCGGCCACUAAAGAAUUAGCACUCAUAACAAAUCUUAAUAAAAUGAUGGCUGAAUGGGUUGAUAUAUGCUUUAAAACUAGUCCAUAUAAAGAUACAGGUAUUUAUAUUCUAUCUGGUCUUGAUGACAUACAGAGUGUACUUGAUGAUCAUAUUGUAAAGACUAUUGGUAUGCGAGGAUCUGCAUUUGUUAAACCCUUUGAACUCCAAGUUAGAGCAUGGUAUGAAAAAAUAACUCGAGUGAAUAAAACUAUUGACGAAUGGGGUAAAGUUCAAAGCCAGUGGCUUUAUUUAUUACCAAUAUUUUCUUCAAAGGACAUUGUAGCUCAAAUGCCUGAGGAAGGAGUUAUGUUUGCAGAAGUGAACAACAUUUACCGUCGCUAUAUGGGAUCCGUGGAUAAGGAUCCUCAUGUCUUAGAUAUUGCUGGAGGCGUUGGCGUUUUAGAAUCCUUCAAAAUUGCUUCUGGAUUAUUAGAAAAAAUCAACGAUGGAAUUAAUAAUUAUUUAGAAAAAAAGCGCCUGUACUUUCCCAGAUUUUUCUUUUUAUCAAAUGAUGAAAUGUUAGAAAUCUUAUCUGAAACGAAAAAUCCCCUAAAAGUACAACCUCACUUGAAAAAAUGUUUCGAAGGUAUAAAUAGGUUGGUAUUUGACCCAGAAUAUAAUAUAUCUGCAAUGAUAUCAAUGGAAGGUGAGCAAAUCGAAUUCCUAGAUACUAUCAGUGUAGCGGCAGCAAGAGGAUCUGUUGAAAAGUGGCUUGUUCAAGUUGAAGAACAAAUGUUGAAAGCCGUUAAAUCUGAAACUGAACUAUCCUAUUACGAUUAUCCAAACCUAAGUCGAGCAGAUUGGAUAUUAUCUUGGGAAGGUAUGGUUGUGUUAGCAAUUUCUCAAAUUUAUUGGGCAGUGGAUGUGCAUGAAUGUUUGAAUACACAUAAGUUAAGUGAAUUAAAAUCAUUUCAUGUAGGCCUAACGAAACAGCUUAAUGAAACAGUAGCUAUAAUUCGUAGAACCGAUUUAUCCAAGCUAAGUAGCAUUACAGUAAAAGCUCUUAUUGUAAUAGAUGUUCAUGCUAAAGAUGUUAUACAAGAUCUUGUAGAGAAAAAUGUGACAGAAGUAACAGAUUUUCAAUGGUUAGCACAGUUACGAUAUUAUUGGGAAGAGGAAAGAGUUUUUGUUAAAAUUAUUAAUGCAGUUGUGAAUUAUGCUUACGAAUAUUUAGGGAAUUCUGAUCGCUUAGUGAUAACCCCUUUAACAGAUCGUUGUUACCGUACAUUAAUUGGAGCCUAUUACCUCCAUUUAAAUGGUGCUCCUGAAGGUCCAGCAGGAACCGGUAAAACAGAAACUACCAAAGACUUAGCUAAGGCCCUAGCUGUCCAAUGCGUAGUUUUUAAUUGUUCGGAUGGCUUAGAUUACAAAGCUAUGGGUAAAUUUUUCAAAGGUUUAGCAUCAUGUGGAGCAUGGGUUUGUUUUGAUGAAUUUAAUCGCAUUGAGGUAGAAGUUUUAUCAGUAAUUGCUCAGCAAAUUCUAUGUAUAGUACAAGCAGUGAGGCAACAUUUAGAAACAUUUGAUUUUGAAGGUACAACCUUAACAUUAAAUCCGGCAUGUUACGUUUGUAUAACUAUGAACCCAGGUUAUGCAGGACGAUCGGAACUUCCAGAUAAUCUUAAAGUGUUAUUUAGAACAGUUGCAAUGAUGGUACCUGAUUACGCUAUGAUUGGUGAAAUAUCAUUGUAUUCAUUCGGUUUCGUAGAUGCAAGGAGCUUGUCUGUAAAGAUUGUGACAACAUACCGACUAUGUUCAGAACAGUUAUCUUCCCAAAAUCACUAUGAUUACGGUAUGCGAGCUGUUAAAACUGUUUUAUCCGCGGCAGGCAACUUAAAACGAAGUUUCCCAAAUGAAAGUGAAAGUAUUUUGUUACUUCGGUCAAUUACAGAUGUCAAUUUGCCAAAAUUUUUGUCUUUUGAUGUACCGUUAUUUGAAGGCAUCAUAUCCGAUUUAUUUCCAGGAAUAACGUUGCCUAAGCCGGAUUAUAACAAUUUGUUAAAAGCCUGUGACGUGACUUGUGAAAGAAAUAACUUACAGCCCGUAGAAUGUUUUUUAGUUAAAGUUAUUCAAACUUAUGAAAUGAUGAUUGUUAGACAUGGUUUCAUGUUAGUGGGCGAUCCAUUUUCAGGUAAAUCUAUGACAUUAAAAAUAUUGUCGGAAGCCUUAACCCUCAUGGAAGAAAAAAAUCAGACAGGAGGUGUCGAGUGCACAUAUAAAGUGCUUAAUCCUAAAGCAGUCACUAUGGGUCAAUUAUAUGGAGCUUUCGAUCCAAUAUCUUACGAAUGGACAGAUGGUAUUGUAGCGACUAUGUUUAGAGAUUUUGCCUCAGAUGAUACACCUGUAAGAAAAUGGAUUGUGUUCGAUGGACCAGUGGAUGCAGUGUGGAUAGAAAAUAUGAACACCGUUCUUGACGAUAAUAAAAAACUGUGCUUGACAUCUGGAGAAGUAAUGGCAAUGACCAAUGUUAUGUCAAUGAUUUUUGAAGUCAUGGACCUUUCACAAGCUUCGCCUGCCACAGUUUCAAGAUGUGGCAUGAUAUACAUGGAGUCCGCAACCUUUGGAUCCAUGCCAUUUUACAAAUCAUGGUUAAAUACAUUAAAUCCAAAUUGGUUGGAGGAAAAUGAGGAAUUCAUUUAUAAUAUGUGUUCAUGGUUAAUAGAUCCUUUACUUUAUUACGUUCGAAAGCAUUGUACACAACUUGUCAUGGCGGGUGAAGUAAAUUUAAUUAUGAGUACUCUACGGCUAGUAGAAAUGCUCAUGGAUAAUGCUAUUGAGGGAGAAGAAGAUACUAAGUAUACCAGGACAUGGUUUUUGGCUUCAUUUAUGACGGCUUUGGUUUGGGGUAUCGGAGGAAUAUUGAAUACUGAUUCUCGAGAAAGAUAUGAUGACUUAGUAAAAGAGUAUUUUAAAGGAGAAAAGGGAAUUCCUCCUGAAAUCGAAAGACUUGAUGUAUCUGUACCUGCAGAAGGAAUGAUAAUAGAACAUUAUUAUAUGUAUAAAAGUAAAGGGUGCUGGAAACCUUGGCCAGAUGCUGUAAAAGCUGCACAAAUAAAAGAGCAGAUCAACCUUUUGCAAACCAUCAUACCUACUUUAGAAACUGAAAAGUAUAUGUUUCUGUUGCAACUUCAUACAAAAUUUUCAAAACCCCUAUUAUUAAUUGGACCAACUGGAACUGGUAAAAGCUUUUACGUUCAAAACUUUUUGAUGUCUGUCAACUUAGAAAAAUAUACUCCUGGGUUUAUAACAUUUACAACGACCACGUCUGCUAAUCAAACCCAAGAUUUGGUCUUGUCUAAACUAGUAAAAAGAAGAAAAAAUAAUUAUGGACCAACAAAAGGAAAACAAGCUAUUAUUUUUAUUGAUGAUAUGAAUAUGCCUGCUAAAGAAGUAUAUGGUGCACAACCUGCUAUUGAAUUGUUACGAUUGUAUUUUGAUCAAAAACAUUGGUACGACUUAAAAACGACUGAAAAGCUUUUUAUUAUUGAUACAUUUUUUUAUGGCGCAAUCGGACCAGUAGGUGGAAGCCGACAAUUAAUUUAUCCGAGAAUGUUAAGACAUUAUAAUAUUUAUUCAAUAAACGAGUUCUCGAAAGAAAGUAUGACGAAAAUUUUUACAUCUUUAUUGCAACUUGGGUGGAGAAGGAAUGGAUUUGGUCAAGAUACUCAACCAAUAUUAGUGAAUAUUGUAGCGGCUACAAUGAAUAUAUACGAUCAAGCUACAGAAGGAUUAAGACCUACACCAGCUAAGUCACAUUAUAUAUUCAAUUUAAGGGACUUUUCUAGAGUAAUACAAGGUUGCGCUUUGUUACGAAAAGAAUCUGCAGAUAAUAAGAAAACAUUUACAAGGGUAUGGGUACAUGAAAUCAUGCGAGUAUUUUAUGAUAGACUUGUCGAUGAAUUUGAUCGUACUUGGUUUUUUAACCUUUUACGAAAGUCGACACAUGAAUUCAUGAAAGAUACAUUUGAUUCAGCUUUAGAUACUUAUCAAAACGAAAAGGGUGAAGUCACUCAAGAAAAUAUAAAACAAAUGAUGUUUGGAUGCUAUCUUGAUCUUGACAGUGCCGAAGGAGAGAGAAGAUACGAUGAAUUACCAUCAAAAGAGGUAUUUUUGAAUAUUUCUGUAGCUAUGUUGGCGGAAUAUAAUGCAAUGCAUAAGGCAAAAAUGAAUAUAGUAUUAUUUGACUACGCUUUGGAACAUUUAUCUAAAAUAUGUAGAUUGCUUUCAAUGCCAUCAGGUAAUGCUUUACUCGUUGGCGUAGGUGGUUCUGGAAGACAAUCUCUCACUAGAUUAGCUGGCACUAUAUUAGGCCAACAAGUUUAUCAAGCAGAAAUUACAAAAAGUUAUAGCGUCAAAGAUUGGCAUGAUGACAUAAAACGAGUACUUCGUGAAUCAGGCGGUUUAAAUAAAGACACUACAUUUUUAUUCACCGAAAACCAAAUUAAGGAGGAAGUUUUUAUUCAAAAUUUAGACAGCUUGUUAAAUUCAGGUGAAGUACCAAAUUUAUAUGGAUUAGAUGAAAUUCAAGAAAUCCUUGAAUUGGUGCGGCUGGCCGCUCAAGGUGGAAAUAGAAACUUGGAUAUAAGUCCAUUGCAAAUUUUAUCUUUUUUUGUUGGCCGAUGUAAAGCAAAAUUACACUGUGUUUUGUGUUUUAGUCCAAUUGGCAGUUCCUUUAGAACUAGAUUAAGACUGUAUCCUGCACUAGUGAACUGUUGUACUAUAGAUUGGUACGAUAGUUGGCCAGAGGAUGCUUUAGAAAUGGUUGCCCAUCAUUACAUGGGGAAAGUGAAUGUGUCUGACAAGGUCAAAGCGGCUGCAGUAAUAGCGUGUAAGCAAUUUCAUGUAGAUGCUCGAAUAGUAUCGACUGAUUUUUAUAAUCAGUUCGGAAGAAAGACUUAUAUAACUUCAGCUUCGUAUUUAAAUCUGAUCAAAUCCUUUACUAUCUUAACAAACAAAAAACAAAGAGAAUUGCGAGCUGCUAAAUUACGAUACACCAAUGGUUUAGAUAAACUUGGUCAGGCAGCAGAAGCAGUAGCUAUAAUGCAACGUGAUUUAAAUGCCUUGAAACCCCAAUUAAUAGUGAUGGCCGCAAAAUCAACGAAAAUGAUGGAAGAAAUAGCUGUUGAAACUGCUAUUGCCGAUAAAGCUGCUGCACAAGUAAGAGAAGAUCAAAAAGUUGCAAAUGUUCAAGCAGCAGCUGCUCAAGAACUUAAGAAGGAUUGUGAAGCUGACUUAGCUUUAGCUUUGCCUAUUUUAGAAGAUGCUAUUGCAGCUUUGAAUACUCUCAAGCCAGCUGAUAUUACAAUAGUGAAAUCUAUGAAAAACCCACCAGCGACUGUAAAAUUGGUUAUGGCUGCCGUGUGUGUUAUGAAAGGGCUUCCUCCUGAUAAAAUACCAGAUCCAGAUAAUCCUGGGAAAAAAAUGCUGGACUAUUGGGGCCCUAGCAAAAGGGUUUUAGGUGACAUGGGCUUUUUAGAAUCACUUAAAAAUUUUGACAAGGAUAAUAUACCAGUUGCUACAAUGCAGAAAAUAAGAAAAGAAUAUCUAUCACACAAAGAUUUUAAACCACAUAUUAUUGCUAAAGCUUCCACAGCAGCUGAAGGUUUAUGCAAAUGGAUUAUAGCGAUGGAUAUGUAUGACGCUGUUGCUAAAGUCGUAGCUCCAAAAAAAGCUAAGUUAGAAGCAGCUGAAAAAGAAUUUGCUGAAACUAUGGCAAUCUUAGAAGAAAAGAAAGCUACAGUUGCUAGAUUGGAAGCUAAAUUGGCAGAAUUAAACGAAGCCUUGGAAGAAGCUAAUGCUAAAAAAAAAGCUUUAGAAGAUGAGGUACAGCUUUGUAUAGAUAAAUUGUAUCGAGCUGAGAAGCUUAUUGGGGGUUUGGGAGGAGAAAAAGUUAGAUGGACUAUGGCAGCUGAAAAUUUACAGUUGCUAUAUGACAAUUUAGCGGGAGAUAUUCUUGUGUCCUGUGGUAUGAUUGCCUAUUUAGCUCCGUAUACUGCACCAGUUAGAAUAUCAGUGAUUGCACAAUGGCGAGAAUUGAUUAUUAAGCUUGAAAUGCCCCAUUCUGAUCAGUUUAUAUUUAAAGAUAUUUUAGGAACAGACAUUAAAAUACAAAAUUGGUGUAUAGCUGGCUUACCCUGGGAUUCCUUUUCCAUUGAUAAUGGUGUUAUACAGGAUAACUCUUUACGUUGGUGUUUACUUGUAGAUCCUCAAGGUCAAGCUAAUAAAUGGAUCAAAACUAUGGAAAAGUCAAAUGAUCUACAAGUUAUGAAAUUUACGGAUGGUAAUUAUAUGAAAGUUAUAGAAACAUGUUUAGAAUAUGGUAAGCCAGCAUUAAUUGACUGUAUUUUAGAGGAUGUUGAGCCCCCGUUAGAUCCAAUUUUAUUAAAGCACACCUAUACACAGGGUGGAAAGGAAUUUAUUGCUUUAGGUGAAAAUGUCAUAGAAUAUCAUCCAAAUUUUAGGUUAUAUAUGACUACAAAAUUAAGGAAUCCACACUAUUUACCCGAAGUUUUCAAUAAAGUUACCUUAAUUAAUUUUGCGUUAACAAAAGAUGGGUUAGAAGAUCAACUAUUAGGUAUAGUUGUUGCUAAAGAAAGACCAGAUUUACAAGAAAAACGUGAAAAACUAAUUGUACAAGGUGCAGCAAAUCGAGCAGCAUUAAAACAGACAGAAGACGAUAUAUUAAGGACAUUACAAGAGUCGAAAGGUGAUAUAUUGGAGGAUGAAACGGCAAUAGAAGUUUUAGAUUCAUCGAAGUUAUUGGCAAUAGAUAUAAUGAAAAAGCAAGAAGCUUCUGUUGAAACGGAAAUUAUUAUUGAAAAAUUUAGACUUGGAUACAGACCCAUAGCUUCUCAUUCAGCUGUAUUAUACUACUGUGUUACAGAGUUGCCGAAUGUAGAUCCAAUGUAUCAAUAUUCCUUGACGUGGUUUAUAAAUCUCUAUAUAAUUUCAAUCGAAAAUGCAAAUAAGUCGAAGGACUUAGAAAAAAGACUGAAGUUUUUGAAAGAAACUUUUACAUACAAUUUAUACAGCAAUGUCUGUAGAUCACUAUUUGACAAAGACAAGCUAAUGUUUUCGUUUAUUAUGUGUUCCAAAAUGAUGCUUUCUACUGGUGAAAUGAGUCACGAUGAAUAUCUAUUUCUUAUUACUGGUGGAAUAACAGUUGAAAAUGUUCAUAAAAAACCCGUCGAUUGGAUACCAGAUAAGGGUUGGGAUGAAAUUUGUCGGCUAAAUGAUUUACCUGCUUACAAAGGUUUUAAAGAUAGUUUCAUCAACAUCACAGAUAAGUGGAAGGAGUUUUACGAUGACAUAGAGCCUCAUCGAAGAAGUAUACCCGGUGGCUGGGAAGAUAAAGUAACCCAAUUUCAAAAACUACUAUUUGUAAGAGUUCUCAGACCCGAUAAGUUAACUUUUGCAAUAUCAGAUUUCGUAGAAAAACAAAUGGGUAUAAAAUAUAUUACGCCACCUCCAUUUGACAUCGGAAAAUCCUUCGGAGAUUCAAAUUGUUUAGCACCAUUAAUAUUUAUUCUCUCUCCUGGUUCUGAUCCAAUGGGGGCUCUAAUAAAGUACUGUGAAAAAAUGGGUUAUUCUCAUAGAUUUAAUUCUAUAUCGUUGGGCCAAGGUCAAGGUCCAAUAGCGAAAGCAAUGAUAGAAAAAGCACAAUUAGAAGGGGGAUGGGUUUGUUUACAAAACUGUCAUUUAGCAGUAUCCUGGUUACCCACUUUAGAAAAGCUUGUUGAAGGUUUUGAUUUAACAAAUACCGAUUUAAGUUUCAGAAUGUGGCUCACAAGCUACCCCUCCGAUAAAUUCCCACAGGCAAUUUUACAAGUAGGUGUUAAAAUGACAAACGAACCACCUACUGGCCUCCAGAAUAAUUUAUUAAGAUCCUAUUUGUCCGAGCCACUUAAAGAACCAGAGUUUUAUGAAGGAUGUCCCGGCAAAGAUAAAAUUUUUAGUAAGCUAUUAUAUGGGAUAAGCUUCUUUCACGCAGUCGUGCAAGAAAGAAAGAAGUUUGGCCCGUUAGGAUGGAAUAUUCAGUACGGUUUUAACGAUUCUGAUUUCCAUAUUUCUGUCAUGCAGUUACAAAUGUUUUUAAAUCAGUACGAAGAAAUUCAAUAUGUAGCGAUAAAAUACUUAACAGGGGAAUGUAAUUAUGGUGGCCGCGUAACAGAUGAUUGGGACAGAAGGUUAAUUGUCACAAUUUUAGAUAAUUACGUUAAUACCAAUGUUGUCAAUGAUCCCAAUUAUUUAUUUUGUGAUUUGGGAAAUCAGUAUGGACUUCCGCGUAGGUGUGAAUAUCAAGAUUAUCUUAAGCACAUUGAAUCAGUGCCUGUGAAUCCUCCGCCUGAAGUAUUUGGAUUACAUAUGAAUGCAGGAAUAACUCGUGACUAUUCGAUAUCAAUGGCCUUAACUACCUCAUUAAUUUUAGUUGAAGGUACAAGCGGUGGGGGUGAAGGUGGUAACACAGAAGUAAUACUUGUGCAAAUGUCAUCAGAAAUUUUGUCUAAAUUGCCAUCUGCAUACGACAUAGAAACUGCGCAGAAAAAAUAUCCUGUCGAUUAUAAUGAAUCGAUGAACACUGUGUUGAUUCAAGAAAUGCAGCGAUUCAACAAGCUUUUGUUUGAAAUCAGGUCCUCCUUAAUAGAUGUCCAAAAAGCUGUGAAAGGAGUUAUUGUCAUGUCUCCAGCACUAGACUUACAAUGUAAUGCUAUGUUGCUUGGAAAAAUACCCGCCAACUGGUCAAAAGUUUCCUAUCCUAGCUUGAAACCAUUGCCAAGCUACGUAACAGAUUUUAUCGAGCGUUUAGCUAUGUUACAAAAUUGGUAUGAAAACGGUAAACCUGCAACUUUCUGGCUUUCAGGUUUUUUUUUUACUCAGGCCUUUCUUACUGGUUCAGUCCAAAACUAUGCUCGGGCCAAAACAAUUCCCAUUGAUUUGUUGACUUUUGAUUUUCAAGUUCUUGACGUAGAUUAUGAAGAAACGCCACCAGAAUAUGGGGUGUAUGUGCAUGGACUUUUUAUGGAUGGUGCGCGAUGGGAUCGAAAGUCUUUUGCGAUUGGGGAACAACUUCCUAAGGUUUUAAAUGACAAUAUGCCCGCUAUAUGGUUAUAUCCGAAAUUAAAAACAGAAUUCAGCGAAGGUGACAGGUACAAGUGCCCGUUAUACAAAACCUUAGAGCGAAAAGGUGUAUUGGCAACAACGGGCCAUUCUUCUAAUUUUGUAUUGGCAUUCUUUUUACCAUCUAACCAACCUUCCGCUCAUUGGAUAAAACGUAGUGUUGCACUUUUAUUGCAGUUGGAUAACUAAUAAUUGUAAGCCCACAAAAUCAUUGGAACCACUGGAUAUAUUAUGUAGGUAGUAAUAUUAUCACCGUCAGCCAUCAUGAAUUCACCGUUGAACAUAAUUUUAAAAAUGCAAUCAAAAUUUUCUAUCAUAGACGGGAUAGAUGGAUUUCCACGUUUUUCUAUUUGAGCUAACUACUUCUCUGACGCCAAUUUAAACAAUUUGUAUAUCUAUUUACUACAUUAAUGCGCACAGUCCUUCUGAUUAGCACAAGGAAUUUGGACUAUAGAAUUAAUUGAUUUAUGUUUAAGUUUAUGUACUUAAGUAUUUUAAAGUAGGACUUUUUUAAAAAUAAUGUUACUUUUAUACCCAGUUAGUUACCUAUUACAUUUAAUUUGGAAAAAAAUAUUUGGUGAACUUACCUAGUUACUUGUUACGCCAGGGCUGUCGUGCGCAGCGCAUUGCAUGGUGAUGGUGAUUGUUGUGUAAUGAAAAUAGUUGAGGGACUGGCGAACAUACUUAGUAAUUUUAUUGUAACUAGCUACGUACAUGAGAUUUUACGGGAAGAGCAAAAAACUGAAUGAAGGCUUUUUUGAACUUGACUGUAAUUUUACCGUUUUGAUCGAAAUUACUGCGAACUUUGGAUUCAAUUUUAACGCAUUUCUAAGUUGUUUUGCUUGGAAAUGGGUUGAUAUAGUUAAGUAAUUUGCAUUGAUAGGGCCAAAAGCAUCGAAUACCUACCUACUUCGUCCGUAUGUCAUCUUAAUUUAUUGUGCUUUAAUAUUUUAGAAAACUGUAAUUUUCUAUGACUACUACUUACUAAAUAGUACUACUUUGUCUAAUUAAAGCUGAGUCAUGAGUGAAAUAUGGCGCAAAUUAGAAAAAUGUUCAUGAAUUGAAUGAAUUUCAUUGAGUAAAAAAUAAACAAAUAAAUAAUAAUUAGGUUGUUAAUUUUAAAUAUCUAACAGUUUCUAAAAACGUUAAAAUAAUCUCUCUCAGCUUUCAUUACACAGACUUACCUAUAAAGUUAAGUAGUACCAUACUUUGUACUAAUGCUGCUAUAGAAAAUAAAUUCCUUUAUAUAUUA